UAAGCAUCGUCCUCGUUACAAACACAAGAGGCAUUUUGAGUUUCCAGUUUGUGCUGCUUUAGUUGUUGCAACAUGCGCAGCAUGGACUACCACAUGUCCAGGAAACCUAGAGAUCGGCAGCACAACAGCUGCAGGUCCAGGGUACUGGUUCUACUUAUCGUCGUCGUCACGAACAUAGCCACUUUCCUCCUCUUCUCCGACGCCAGCUACGAAGUCGGCAAUGGCUCCGGCAAGCACGACCGCAGCGUCCCCUUCUGGAACUCCGGUAACAUCACGGACUACGCUCUGGCCGCGAGCCACGACGAGCUCGUGCACCUGCACAACCACCUCGCCACGGCAAACUCCCUUGUCGAGACGCUCCUGGGCCUAAAGGCCACUGCCAGCGACAUGGCAGCCGCCAGGGAUGAGCAGGAGCAUGUGGGGGGCGACGGAUUUUGGCAAUGGGAGCUCACCGGCGAGCUCCAGCUGGCCGUCGGCCCCCACAAACUGCCAUUAGGCUUCACGAAGAACCUCGGGUCCGAUCAGCUGUACCCGACGGUGGGGCAAGCGUGCCACCGUUUCCCGGACGAGCUGGAGCGCUAUAUGGACUACAAGCCCGGUGGCGAGUGUCCGUCCGAUGAACAGUUUGCGCAGCGGCUCAUGCUCAAGGGCUGCGAGCCAUUGCCACGACGGAGAUGCCGGCCACGCCGCCCGGCAGGGUAUGUCGAGCCCACACCACUGCGGGCGAGCCUGUGGGCCACGCCGCCAGACACCAGCAUCGUGUGGGACGCGUACGCGUGUAAGAACUACUCCUGCCUUGUUAACCGUCGCAAGACCAAGGGUUCCUACGACUGCAAAGACUGCUUCGACCUGCUCAGCGGCCGGGAGAAGGCCCGGUGGAUGCGCGACGACGGUGCACUCUCAUACUCCAUCGACACCGUGCUUGCGUCAAAGCCAAAUGGCACAGUGUGCAUCGGGCUCGACAUUGGGGGUGGGUCAGGCACGUUCGCUGCGCGGAUGCAGGAGCGUGGGGUGACCGUGGUGACCACGUCCAUGAACUUCGGUGGCCCAUUCAAUAGCUUCAUAGCUUCGCGGGGUCUUGUCCCCAUGCACCUGAGCAUCGCGCACCGGCUACCGUUCUUUGACGGCACACUCGAUAUUGUGCAUUCGAUGCAUGUGCUUAGCCACUGGAUCCCCGAUGCCAUGCUCGAGUUCACCUUGUUCGACAUUUACAGAGUGCUGAGGCCUGGAGGAUUGUUCUGGCUCGACCACUUCUUCUGCCUCGGCACGCAAAUGAACACAACAUAUGUGCCCAUGUUCAAUCAAAUCGGUUUCAACAAGGUGCGGUGGAAUGCCAGACAGAAGCUGGACCAAGGGAUCAAGAGGAACGAGUGGUACCUCUCAGCGCUGCUCGAGAAGCCCAUGACCUAGGUGACCAUUUCCUAUAGAAUUUUCAC